AUGAAUGUCAUGAAGGAGAGGGUAGGCCUGCUUUCCAGGGUGACGAUCAUGCAAGGCGUUAUGUUAUUGACCACGGUGUUCAUUUCCUUGUGUCUGGUUUAUACAAUUGGGAUGAUGGUUUACAAUGUCUUCUUUCACCCUCUUCGAAAAUAUCCAGGUCCAAAAUGGUGGGCCGCUUCACGAGUCCCCUUCAUUUACCAUUCAACAAAUGGCCGGGUGCACAAUGAGAUCCUGAAGCUCCACAAGAAGUAUGGUGGAAUCGUUCGGAUCGGUCCUAAAGAGCUGUCUUAUACUACUAAAAAUGCCUGGAAAGAGAUAUACGGAUUACGCAGCAAUGAAAUGUCUAAAGAUCUGAGAGGGUCUGGACUCCUCCCAACGUUUGCGGAAGCUCCGGCCAUCAACACUGCUCCACGUAAAGAUCACGCCCGAAUGAGACGAACUGUGGCUCAUGCAUUUUCUGAAAAGGCGCUGAGGGAGCAGGAAGAUCGCAUGCAGUAUUACGUCGAUCUCCUUAUCUCUCGGCUGAGAGACAAGUGCAUCGAGGGACCCCAAGACAUCGUCAGCUGGCUCAACUAUACCACCUUUGAUAUUAUGGGCGAGCUGACGUACAGCCAACCGUUUGGAUGUCUCGAAGAAGGACGUUACCACGACUGGGUGAAGAUGAUCUUCCAAGGCAUCAAACAACACCCGUGGGUCCAGGCCCUCUUGUGGUACAAUCUCACAGCGCUAAGGAAAUGGCUGACACCACACGAGUUGGUCGAAGCAAAAUCCAAAGCAGACAACAAUGCCAUCAGCACUGUUGAUGAGCGACUUGCCAAGAAGGACAAUAUUGACCGCAAGGAUUUCAUGAGCUAUAUUCUUCGCCACAACGACGAUCGAGGGAUGUCGGACGCGGAGAUCAAGCAAACUGCCAUCAUCCUGAUGGUCGCGGGUAGUGAAACCACGGCGACGUUUCUAUCUGGUGCACUAUAUCUCUUGUUACGCAAUCCGAGAGUUUAUGAGCGCCUGGUCAAGGAGAUCCGCGAUACCUUCUCAACAUACGAGUCAAUAGGAAUUGUCAGCACCAACGAGCUUCGCUAUCUCCCGGCGGUUGUGGCAGAGUCAUUCCGCUGCUACCCGCCGGCUCCAAAUACGCAUCCACGCAUUGUCCCAGAGCCCGGCGAGUUCAUCGAGGAGCGGUGGGUACCUGGAGACACCACCGUUGGAGUAAGCCAGUGGGCCACCAACCAUGACCCCGAGAAUUUCUAUCGACCCGAUGACUUCCUACCAGAGCGCCACCUCCCGGACCUCCAUCCUCUGCGUGACGAGAGCCAAGACGUGCCAGCACACCUUUUCGAAGACGACAACAAGGAAGUGGUCCAACCGUUCUCCGUUGGGCCGCGGAAUUGCCUAGGGAAAAAUCUUGCGUACGGAGAACUACGAUCAAUUUUGGCGAAACUGUUGUGGACAUUCGACCUUGAAUUGAGCCCGCAGAGUGACAACGACAAGUGGAUUACCACUCAACAGACGUUCAUGCUUUGGGAGAAGCCUUCGCUCUACGUCAACAUCACACCUCGUAAAGAAGCUUGA